GCCUGCUUAUAAUCAUUUCGAAAAAAGUUAUUGUCUAUAUCUGGCAGCACCUCCAUUAAUUCGUCCAUAUCAGAAAUUUCGAAAAUUCAGGAAAGUUGUUUAUCGGAUAAUUAGAUGCAGAAACGUAUAUAUAUUAUUCCAAGUUCUCUGAAAGUAUUUUAGAAUUACCUUUCAAGUGAAAAGAAAAUAUUCACUCAAAAAUUACUUGCUGUGUCCGUAAAUCACGAUAGUUACUAAAUGUCGCAUUCAUACAGCAUUAGUACUAACAAUGGGCAAAACGAUUUUGCUAAUCCCCGAUUAGAGUCACAUAUGACCUUUGUGUGCCCAGAAUGCGGCGUGGAAUUUGAAUCGCAACAAGAUUGGCGACGUCAUUUAAAUGAAGAACAUGAUUAUAUUCACAAAACACCAGCAAAUUUUGAUUUUAAAGAGAUUAGCGAGAGUUUCCAUGAAUGUCAAGUGUGUCACAAAUGGGUGGCGAACGCCAAUCAAGCUAUUGCAUUACUUCAAUAUCAUCGUUUUUUACACUUACCAUUUAAUCGUACAUAUCGUUGCCGACAUUGCAAAGGUGGAUUUACUCGUAAACGUGCUCUAUGUGAACAUCUCUAUCGCUUCCACAGUAGGCAAAUAAUUACUGCAGAAAAAUUGCGUCAAACUGAAACCGAGACUACUACAAACCUUGUGCAAACAUCCGAGCAAAAACAAAUACGUGACCCUCGCCUAAAUGCCGAAUUUUACUUACGUUUUAUCUGUCCUCAUUGCGGUAAAGGUAUUGAACGCUUCGAACAGUGGCUUAAACAUUUGGAUUUACAUCAGUCUACCUCUAACGAUUUACGUAUGCAUCGCAUAUCUGGCUCCCGCAAUCAUUACUGCUUGCAAUGCCGAAAACUUUUGUACACUAAUGAGCAGCCGAAAUUACAACGCCAUCGUUUCACUCAUCUACCCUUCCGACUAUAUUUCAAAUGCGCCUUCUGUAUGGUAAAGAAAUCAUUCAAAUCGGAAAUCUUUAGGCAUUUUGUAUAUGCUCAUCCCCGCCAAUUUAAUGAAGCAAAACCGUACAUUAAGAAACCGGUUGAAUGGGGAGCAAAGAUAAAUGAUCGUCUCAACACUGAGCUUGACGCGAUAUUAAGGCGUUAUAAAUGCGCCGAUAGCAAUGAGAAUGCAGAAGUCAACACACAGAUAAUGCGUGGCAGAUCACAGAAAAAACAAACAUAUGCCAGUGAAAAAGCACGUCUUGCAUCUCAACAACAAAAGGCCACGUCGAUCACUGGAACAACUCGUAAAAGUAAUGUGCGAAUCAUUAAAGAUUUUGACAUGGUGCAACGGAAAAGUGGUUCGACUCCUACAGGAUCUGCUACCGAGGAUGAUUUUGAAGAACUAUGCGCAGAUGUUUUUGAAUCCAUUGAGGAGGAUAUACAACUUUCGUCUAAAGAAAAAACCGAUCAAAUAAAAGAAGUAGUUACUUCAAAACAAGAAUAUAUCCCUAAUGAAGAACUAGUAAUAAGCAUUGAAAUAAAUGCCGUAGACGAAGAAAACAAAGCGGAAAAUAACUUUAUUAAAGCACCACCUAGUAAACGUUUAAAAUUAAGUGGAGCAGAGACAAUACCAAAAUUUGCAAAACACUCGGAAAUUAAAAAAGAAUCGAAUAUACCCAAUUUUCCCAUAAUACAGGCUUCCGACAAGAAAAAGUGGUUGGAGGCAAAUAUUCAUUAUCUCUGUCCCGAAUGCGGCAACGAAUUCUCGGAACAAAACAGCUGGCGGACACAUGUCUUUACAGAGCAUAACAUUGAAAAUGCUAUUCAAACAAACUUCCAACUUCUUGAAAAUAAACAAUCUUAUCUAUGUCUCGACUGCAUGGAUGUGCAGCAUACUACUAAAUAUUCUGAAUUACAGCGUCAUCGUUUCAUGCAUAUGCCCUUCCAAGCCUACCUCAAAUGUAAGCUUUGUUCGAGGACCAAAUCCAGUAAACCCAAAAUGAUGCAGCACCUUCAAGAAUGUCAUGACUUUCAAGGAGUGUCGACAAACAAGUUAAGUAAAGAGCCCGCACAGUUUCAUUUCUGCAGGAUUUGUAGAAAGUACUUCAUUUCAAUCGAACGAUUGGAAAAACAUCAGACCCAAACCUGUAGCAUGCGAACCAAUGGGCUACGUACUAGUUUAUACAACAAUAGCAAAAGUAAAUCUACCAUCGCAAGCAACAUGAAGUUGCUUACACAUUUGAAGCAAGCUCAGGCUCGCAUGAAGAAUAUUCUAUCGAUUGAUUCAAAUUAAUUUUCAAAACAAGUUUAUGUGUAAAUAACAUUUAAAUUUCAUUAUAUUGAUAUAGAACCUAAGUCUAUUAUAGGUUAUAGAAUUACUAAAUACGUUUUAUUAAUUAAAACACUGGUGUAUAAUAUUUAUUGUAUUUCCUUAUAUUUGUCCGUUUUUCUACUAUAAGCUACAGGUGGUUUUUGUCUAAAUUUGCUAACAUUUGAGUGUAAGUAUAAGUAUGAAGCCGUAUUUUAAGCAUCGCGUCAUGGGCCGCUUAGUAAUUAAAUAACUUAUUUGUAAAUUAUUAUUUAUAUAUGUAUAUACAUGGGAGUGACAACUGAUCAUUGCCAAUAUUCUUUUGGUCACAAUCGUAAAGAGUUUAUAGACAAUAAGUAUUGCAUAAAUACAAUUACUAAAUAUUGACCAUUUGCCAGGGAUUACAAUAUCUUUUGCUAAUAAAUAUGUUCGAAAAUCCCAA